CUUUUUUCAGUAUUUAGCCACAACUGGAACUGAAAACAAGAGAAUAAUUCGCUCGACAACGACUUUAAUUUUUAUCAGUUUGUUAGUUUAGUAAAAAUAAAAAAAAACAACAACACAGGUGAUAAUAAAAGCCACACAAUUUUAUCUCGCACUCUGUGAUAUCGAUAAGGAAAAACAUUUAACUGAUAAGAAUUUUGUGUGCAUUCGAUCACGAAUUUAAGCAAAAAAAGUGAAAAAAAAAAUGUUAACGGAAAAUCCAAAUAAUUUGAACGUCGGGAUGCGUUGCAUCAAAUACAUGAUUUUCCUGAUCAACUUUAUGUUUUUGUUAACGGGUGCCUUAUUAAUCGUUGUGGGAAUUACCAUCAAUGCACUUUACGACCAUUUUGAGCGUUUCUUGUACGAUCAUUUCUAUUCACCGCCGACACUUUUGGUCGUCAUCGGCAUCUUCAUCUUGUCAAUUUCGCUCUUCGGAUGCAUUGGAGCUGUCAAGGAAAGCGCUUGUUGGAUCAAUGUUUACGGCGUUUUGUUGCUCUUGGUGCUCAUUUUGCAAGUUGUUGCUGCUAUCUCGGCAUAUGCGUUGCAAGGACAAGUACAUGACAUGUUAGCGACAACGAUGAAGGAAACAAUGCUCGAGUACGAGAAAGACGAGUACAUGAAGGAAACUGUUGAUUUCUUGCAAAGUUCGUUGGAAUGCUGCGGAAUUGAUAAUCCAACAGAUUGGGACCACAUUUUGAAACAAGAGCAAAAUGAGACAAAAGUUUUCGUUCCGCCAUCUUGUUGUGCGAGCUUUUCUGAGACAAGUCACGGCACUUGUGACAUGAUUUAUCAAGAUGGUUGCCUCAUUCGUCUCAAAUUCCUGAUCUCGCAAGGCUCAAUGUUGAUCGCUACAGGCGCAACGGCAGUCGCUUUGGUUCAAAUGCUCGGCGUGGUUUGUGCUUUCAUGCUCAGCAAGGCGAUCCGACAGACAAAAUCCUUACGGGAGGCUCGUCGACAACAAUUUCAACAAAGUUUGGCAAUUUUGACGGAACCUUAUUACUCGAUUGCUGACGACUCGGAUAUCCCGGAGAAACCUCGUUUGGCAGAAUAUGAGAGAAUUAAUGCUUAAAAUUUAUUUUUUGAAAAUUUUAAUUAAUAUUUUGAAUGUUACCAACAAAAAAAACUUAAUUUUUGCACAAUAACCAAAAAAAAAUAUCAUUAAAAGUACUUAUUUAGAAAUAAAAAAUGCAGAAAUGAACUCAGAUGAUGAUCAACGAUUAACUGAAAUAAAGAAAAAUUAUUGAAUUAAUCACAAUUUUAAUGAUGAACGAUGAUGAUGAAAUAAUAAAAAGCAUUUUCUUUGAAUUAUC